AAUUGCUUUCCUUUCGGCUUCCGCUCUUGGCCCAUGUGAGAAGUGGGCUGCUAAGAUGAGCGCAACAAGGUCCGCAGAGAGCCUCCUGGCUUCCAACCAACAAUUAGAACUAGUGGAUUUGCCAAAAGACGACCCUCUGAGCUCCAGUGAAGAUGAGGGGGAAAGUGAUGGAGAAAGAAAGCAUCAAAAGCUUCUGGAAGCAAUCAGUUUGCUUGAUGGAAAGAAUAGGCAGAAAUUGGCAGAAAGAUCAGAGGCUAGUCUGAAAGUGUCAGAGUUCAAUGUCAGUUCUGAAGGAACAGGAGAAAAGCUGGUCCUUUUGGAUCUGCUUGAGCCCAUUAAAACUUCAUCCUCCUUGGCCACUGUGAAAAAGCAACUGAAUAGAGUCAAAUCAAAGAAGACUGUGGAGUUACCCCUUAAUAAAGAAGAGGUUGAGCGGAUCCACAGAGAAGUGGCAUUCAAUAAAACCUCUCAAGUCCUGUCUAAAUGGGAUCCUAUCGUUCUGAAGAACCGGAAGGCAGAGCAGCUGGUUUUUCCCCUGAAAAAGGAGCAGUCAGCCUUUGCUCCCAUUGAACAUGUGCUCAGUGGCUGGGAGGCAAGAACUCCCCUGGAGCAGGAAAUUUUUAACGUCCUCCAUAAGAACAAGCAGCCAGUGACAGACCCAUUACUGACCCCAGUGGAAAAGGCCUCUCUCAAAGCCAUGAGCCUGGAAGAGGCUAAGAUGCGCCGAGCAGAACUUCAGAGGGCUCGGGCCCUGCAGUCCUACUAUGAGGCUAAGGCUCGAAGAGAGAAGAAAAUCAAAAGCAAAAAGUAUCACAAAGUUCUGAAGAAAGGAAAGGCCAAGAAAGCCCUAAAAGAGUUUGAGAAACUACAGAAGGUCGAUCCUACUGUAGCAUUAGAAGAACUGGAGAAAAUCGAAAAGGCUAGAAUGAUGGAGCGAAUGAGCCUUAAGCACCAGAACAGUGGGAAAUGGGCCAAGUCAAAGGCAAUUAUGGCCAAAUAUGACCUGGAGGCUCGCCAAGCUAUGCAGGAACAACUGGCCAAGAACAAAGAACUGACACAGAAACUCCAGGUAGAAUGUGAGAGUGUGGAAGAGGAGGGAGUUGGAGAAGAGGAUGAGCUUCUUGUCCCUGAUGUAGUGAAUGAAGUACAAAUGAAUACAGAUGGACCAAAUCCUUGGAUGCUCAGAAGUCAGACCAGUGAUGCAAAAGAGGCUGAAAUCCAGAAGGACCCAGAACAACUGCCAGAGCCUGUAGCCCAUGAGGAUUCUGAGAGUAAGGGAGAAGAAAGACCAGUGGCAGAAGAAGACACUUUAUUGAAAGAAUUUGCAGAAAGGCGAGCCUUUAGAAAAAGAUCUGUGCUCAGCCAGGAUCCUGAGCCGCUUGGUAGGCAAGAAACAAAAGAUUCUAGCAGCCAGGAGGUACUGUCUGAAUUAAGGGCACUAUCUCAGAAACUCAACAAGGAAAACCACCAAUCCAAGAAGCCAAAAGUGAGUUCGGCGGGAACUGCUCGCCUAGUUCAGAGAGAGGAGCCUGUCCAGGAAGAGGAGGAACCCCUGUUGCUGCAGAGGCCAGAGAGAGUACAAACUCUGGAGGAGCUAGAAGAGCUGGACGAAGAAGGGUGUUUUCAAAAUAAGGAGCUUCCCAGACCUGUGUUAGAAGGGCAGCCAUUGAAGAGGAUUGCAAGUAAUCAGCCUGAUGCUCCAAAGGAGAAAAAAAAGGAGCAAAUGAUUGAUUUACAAAACCUCCUGACCACAAAAUCUCCUUCUGUGAAGUCUUUGGCAGUUCCUACAACAAUAGUGGAGUUGGAAGAUAAAGAGGAGGCAGACCAAAAGCAAAUGAUAAAGGAAGCUUUUGCUGGGGAUGAUGUCAUCAGGGACUUCUUGAAAGAAAAGAGGGAAGCUGUGGAGGCGAGUAAGCCAAAGGACGUGGACUUAACGCUGCCUGGCUGGGGCGAGUGGGGUGGCGCGGGCCUGAAGCCCAGUGCCAAGAAAAGACGCCGGUUUCUCAUUAAAACCCCUGAGGGUCCUCCAAGAAAAGACAAGAAUUUGCCAAAUGUGAUUAUCAAUGAGAAGCGCAACAUCCAUGCAGCAGCUCAUCAGGUACGUGUGCUUCCAUACCCAUUUACCCACCAUAUGCAAUUUGAAAGGACCAUUCAGACCCCUAUAGGAUCUACAUGGAACACCCAGAGGGCCUUCCAAAAGCUGACUGCUCCCAAGGUUGUCACCAAGCCAGGCCAUAUCAUUAAGCCCAUAAAAGCAGAGGAUGUGGGAUACCGGUCUUCCUCAAGGUCAGACCUGUCUGUCAUACAGAGGAACCCAAAACGACUCUCCAACCAUCACAAAAAACAGCUGAAGAAAAACUUAGUAGAUUGAGCUGCUGGCGAAGUGCUAUCUUGGUGUCCGGGACAGGGAGCCCUGACUACUUCUCAUUUGGCCCGGUUUUACUCUGAGCUGCAGGAACAAUUUGAAAACUGGCUUAGCACACUGUGGUUAAUCCUCAUUUUUUAAAUAAAGGCUUUUUUAAAAAUUUA